AUGGUCGGAAUAUGGGGAAUUGGUGGAAUUGGGAAGACAACAAUUGCUAAAGCUGUCUACAAUGCAAUUGCUCAUAAGUUUGAUGGUUGGUGUUUUUUAGCAAAUGUUAGAGAAGGCUCAGAGCAACCUAGAGGUUUGGUUAACCUGCAAAAUAUUAUUCUCUCUAGCAUUGUAGGGCAGAAAGAAUCGAUAAUCAACAAUGUUCAUGAAGGAACCACAUUGUUGCGUAAAAGGAUGCAACAUAAAAAGAUUCUUUUAGUCGUUGACGAUGUGGAUAGUUUGGACCAGUUAAAGAAACUAGCUGGGAAUAAUGAUUGGUUUGGUCGCGGCAGCAGAGUCAUCAUAACAACAAGAGAUAAGAGUUUAUUGACUAUUCAUGGAGUAAAACCAAUACACGAUGUUCAUGGACUAGGUCUUCAAGAAGCUCUUGAGCUCUUCAGUUCAAAUGCCUUGUUGGAUAUUGAGAAAUUGGAUGCUGAUGAGAAACCGAUAGUUAAUGAAGUUGUUAACUAUGCUGAAGGCGUUCCACUAGCACUGGAAGUUUUAGGUUCGCAACUACGUGAUACCUCUGUACAGAAAUGGCGAGCUAUGUUAGAUGGUUUUAAAAAAGAUCCUCCUAAAAGCAUUCAAGAUAUUCUCUUAAUCAGUUAUGAUGGACUGCAAGAUGCAGCGCGAACUGUUUUCCUUGACAUUGCAUGUUUCUUCAAAGGUUGGAACAUAAACGACGUGAUACAAAUUCUUGAAAGUUGUGACCGCAUCACCCCCGAGCAUAGCAUUAAAGUUCUUGAACAAAAGGCUCUCUUAUCUGUUGGUAUAUUUGGUGAUAUUCGCAUGCAUGAUUUGCUAGAAGAGAUGGGGAAAGUUAAAGUUCUGCAAGAGUCUACGGAGGCCGGUGAGCGAAGCAGAUUGUGGCAGUUUGUUGGAAAGGUCGAGCAUUACCCGAAUCAGUUGCGGUUACUUGAUUGGCCUGAAUGUCCUCUGGAAUAUUUGUCCUCCGAUUUUGAUAUGAAGAAAGUGAGUAUGCAGAAUCUGACAUCCUUGAAAUUGAGUGAAUGCGAAUUCCUAACACAAAUCCCCGAUAUGUCUGGAAGCCCGAACUUGGAGUCGCUGGAUCUAAGUUUCUGUACAAGUUUAGAGAUGGUUCACCCUUCGGUUGGAUACCUCGAAAAGCUGGUUAAGCUGGAUCUUUACAACUGCUAUAACCUUGCGGAGCUGCCUCCAGAAGUCAACUGGAGAUCCCUCCAAGAACUUAAUCUUGAGCUUUGCAGUAAGCUGGAGAGUUUCCCUGAAAUUGUGGAAGAGAUGAAAUGCAUGACAUCUUUGAGUCUAUGGUUCACUGGCAUCAAAACAUUGCCGUCAUCCAUUCGGUAUCUAAUCAACCUUGAAGAGUUGAGUUUAAGUGACUGA